UUCACUACAGCUUGUGAGUUUGGCUAAAAACGUGGUGUUCUCGUCCGUCCCUUCGCCUUUUAGACGGCUGUAAAAUACAGCGUUCUUCUUGAGUGACAUUAUUGUGCAAGCGUUUUACAAACACUACCAACGGUGAGGAGCCGGCGAAAGGGCUAUGGCGGAGGGCGACAAGCCUCGGGUUGAUGAGGAGGCCAAAGCAAAUCGGAAACGGAAAAAGAAGCUGGACCCGGAUGUUGCGGAGACGGCGAAACGCCUCAAGCGUGGGCCGGGGGUGGACCUCAAGUCCAUCACGGACAAAAAGUUGAAGGGCAAGCUGCGCCGAGCGGAGAAUGUCUUUGCAGCAUCACAGAAGAAGGCGGUGCAGAUCAGCGAGUGGCUGCUGCCCGCGAGCGCGGGUGCUCUGGAGGCGGAGGGCGUGGAGCGGACAUGGAACUUCAAGCAGCAGGACAUUGUGGCGGCAGUGGACGUGACGGCGGCGCGCAAGGCAUUCGACCUGUCGCUGCCGGAGCUAGGGCCGUACGGCGGGCUGGCGUUCACGCGCAACGGGCGCUUCAUGCUCAUGGGCGGCACCAAGGGGCACCUGGCGCUCAUGGACUGGCAGCGGUCGCAGCUGGUGUGCGAGGUGCAGGUGCGCGAGACGGUGCGUGACGUGACGUUCCUGCACAACGAGACGUUCUGGGCGGCCGCCCAGAAGAAGUACGUGUACGUGUACGACAAGCGCGGCCUGGAGGUGCACUGCCUGCGCGACCACACCGACACGCUGGCGCUGGACUUCCUGCCGCACCACUUCCUGCUCACCUCGGUGGGCGAGCACGGCGUGCUGCGCUACCAGGACACUAGCACGGGGCACAUCGUGGCGCAGCACAAGACCAAGCUGGGGCCGUGCAGCGUGAUGCGGCACAACCCGCACAACGCGGUGGAGUGCCUGGGCCACGCGCGCGGCGUCGUGACCAUGUGGACGCCCAACAUCACCACACCGGUGGUCAAGAUGCUGUGCCACCAGGGCCCGGUGACGGCGCUAGCGGUGGACCCCAGUGGCACCUACAUGGCAACCGCCGGCUCGGACUCACAAAUCAAGCUGUGGGACGUGCGAAUGCUUAAGCCCAUGCACAACUACUUCAGCCACGCGCCCAUCACGCGCAUGGACAUCAGCCAGCGCGGCAUGCUGGCGGUGGGCUACGGGCGCAAGGUGCAGGUGUGGCAGGAUGCGCUGCGCAGCAAGGCGCAGGCGCCCUACCUGACGCACCACCUGCCGGAGGGCGUGCUGUCCACCUUCCGCUUCGUGCCCUACGAGGACGUGCUGGGGAUAGGCCACUCCGCGGGCAUUAGCACCAUCCUGGUGCCCGGCUCGGGCGAGCCCAACUUCGACACGUUCGUGGCCAACCCCUUCCAGACCACCAAGCAGCGCCAGACGCAGGAGGUGGUCCAGCUGCUGGACAAGCUGCAGCCCGACACCAUUGUCCUGGACCCCGACACAGUGGGCAGGGUGCGCAAGGAGCCGGCAGAGGUGCUGCAGCAGCGGCGGCGGCAGGAGGAGGACGCCAACGCGGCGCGGAUGGCGGCGCUGCGCCGCGAGCAGGAGAACAAGGUCAAGAUGAAGGGCAAGAACAAGCCCAGCCGGCGGCACCGCAAGAAGCAGAGCAACAUCAUCGAGGACCGGAAGCCGACCAUCAAGGAGCGCCAGAAGGAGGAGGCGACACGGCGCAAGGAGGCGGCGCAGAAGAAGGCGGACAGCGUCAUUCCCGAGAGUGCGCCCAAGGCGGUGCGCCGCUUCUACAAGGCGUAGCGUGCAGGAUCGGAUGCGCAUGUUGCAAGGUACUUAUUGCGCUGGUGACUCAGGCAGAGUUGAUUGUCAAGUGUGGAUAUGUUGCUAUGAUGCAGCGGAAUCUCGUAGACAGUAGACACAGAUCGAUGCGGCGAGGGUCGGAGGGAGGGGUUGGCCUUUCGACGCUGCGGGUUCGUGCCUCUGCAUUCGUAGCGCCACGACAAGAAUCUGCGCAUAAGCCGCGCAGAGGCUGCUGUAACAUACUUUUGAUGUAACGAG